CUCUCUCUCUCUCCCGCGGCUCGCAUGCAGGGAAAAUACAGCGUUUUCAAAACGACUCGUGCAAAACCCACCGGCCCGAACAAAGCCUCCCGCCAGCGUCGACUAUGUCCUCGUGAAGCUGAUGCUGAGCCUGUCCGCUGUUUGAUGGAGAGAGGCGCGUGAGGGCUGCAGGAGGGAGAGCGGACUUUCCCCCCUUCGUUGCACCAAAAAGAAACUCCUCCAAGGCGGCGGAACCAUGUCCUCAAUACACGGGGACAUCUCUGACUACCAUAACAGCGUGGUCCGUGAUCCGCCUGCCUGGGAGGUUGGUGUGUAUGUACUGGGGUUUCUUAUUCUGCUGGUUGUGGUGGGACUAAACCUGUGGAAGCUAUGGAAGUCUGGCUCUUUCCCUGCUCCCUCCCCGUACCCCAACUUCGACUACCGCUACCUGCAGGAGAAAUAUGGAACCUCCUACUCUGAAGUCAGGCAGAAGUGCAUUGCAGCCUCUAACCACCGGAGGGCAUCGACAGCGAGCCGCAAGCCCAGCCUGCAACUGGCGGACACUCCUGAUGGCUUCCGGGAGUUGGGGACACUGGAGCUAAUGAGCAGGGAGCUGGACCCAAGUGGAGGUAGCCUGAACCGCUCUGUCUCCACUGACUCGCUCUGCUCCAUCUCCUCCAUUGCCCAUACCUUUGGCCAUGACUUCACGGUGGGCCAGCUGGAGGUGACGCUGGAGCUGGAGGCACGGGCCUCCCUGCUGCACAUCACGCUGCACCAGGGCAAAGACCUGCUGGAAAAAGAGGAGGAGAACUUCCCCGGCUGCUACAUCACCAUCACCCUGCUGCCCGAUGAGAUCAAUGUGGGAGUCACAAGGAUUCAGAGCAACGCCUUCACCGUGCUGUUUGAUGAGCGCUUCUCCAUCCCACUGGAUCCAGCAUCUUUAGAUGAGAACAGUCUGCGUUUCGCUGCAUUCGGGGUGGACUCAGAUGAAAGGAACAUCAGCGCAGGAGUGGCUGAACUUAAACUAUCUGAUCUGGACCUGUCCAUCCGGCCCUUCAACGCCUGGCUCUACCUGCAGGACAUCAACAAGGCUGUGGAUGCUGUGGGGGAGAUUCUGCUCUCUCUUAGCUACCUGCCCACUGCAGAGCGCCUCACUGUGGUUGUGGCUAAAGCAAAGAAUCUGGUCUGGACUAACGGCAAAACCACUGCAGAUCCGUUUGUGAAGGUUUAUCUCCUCCAGGACGGCAGGAAGAUCAGCAAGAAGAAGACCUCCAUAAAGAGAGACGACACUAACCCUAUCUUCAAUGAGGCUAUGAUCUUUUCUGUGCCUGCCAUUGUGUUACAGGACCUGUCUCUGAGAGUGACAGUGGCUGAGAACACAGACGAUGGGCGAGGUGAGAAUGUUGGUCAUGUGAUCAUUGGGCCAGAGGCCAGUGGGAUGGGCAUCACUCACUGGAACCAGAUGCUGGCGACACUGCGGAAACCUGUCUCCAUGUGGCACCCGCUCCGGAGGAUCUAACCUGACCUCCACUCACGUCUGCCUGCAUGGUGCCUACUGUCUCAGUGACCCAACCUGAAAGACUUUUAAAAGGUCAAGAGAGCGUCUUUUUUCAGGAAAAAUCAUUGUCUUUUUAAAGCAGUGGUACAGUCAGAGCCACAGAGUGGAUGUGUUCUUGUAAGAAAAAGACUGAGACUCUGCCUGUCUCUGCUUUAAAUCCCAGGUCCUUUUAUCCAGGUUAAAACAGUCUUCAUUUGUAGCAGUUAUAACAGGGUGGCUGACCUGAAUAAGAAGGCUGGAAAGUGCCAGACAACACUGCAUUGUAGUCAUUUGUUCAGUUGUGCAGUUGUGUUACAAAUUACAGUAGCCACUUUCUAUUCUAUAAGUGAAAGUCAUUAUUAUUUAUUAAUAUUAUUAAUAUAGUUAUUAUUUAAAGUUUUGUUUUUAUACUCAGUAAAUAGCAAUAGAUCGGUGUGUGUGAUGGACAGACCUUUCUCCGUUAUUCCAUGAGAGUGCAGAAGUUCAAACAGUGUGAACAGUACCAUUGCUAAAGUUCAGUUAUAUCUGCUUCCAUAUCUCCUUCAUGCAACAGAGUAACCACAGUGGAGAGACGGGAGUUUUGGUGCUCUGUAGUAUUACAGUGAAAUGCUCAGCAUUGUAAUAUAGUUGAUGUUUUACACACCAUACAUGCACCUUGUGUUUGCCUGCAUUUAGACUAUUGAGGUGUUAGAAGUGUGUUAUUGCAGUCAUUGCAAUAUAAAGUUUAUUCACGUUUUUUUCAUUUUGUUUGCAUUCUACCUACAGAGAGGUGGAAAAGAAGUCUUGCCUCCAACCGUUAUCAACUACAAUGAGUAGUUUGGCAAUAAAUUUUCCCUCCUUCAACAGAAAGUCAGUUAACACAUUCACAUUCUGGCAAACACAAAAGAUGCAAUUUUCUUCACAUGCAGGCAAGUCACUGUUGGAGUUUUUCUAAGAAAUUUUCAUUCAAACACACUCAAUUAACCAGAUAUGUUUUCUUACUGUAGCCUCCUCAGCUAGCCUGUAUGAAGUGUCUCAGUGCAGGUCUGUUUCAUGACUAACUACAUUUUACACAACACUCAGCUUCAUCCUGUGCCAAAUUCACCACUAGAGAAGCAAUAUUUUCAUUUAGGCUUGAAUCUACAUUUAAUCAGUUAAUGUUUGUGACCUUUGAUGAAGUUAAAAUGUAAAAAAAAAAUCAUUUUACAGUGCAUGAAAGUGUUAUGGAUAUGGCAUUCUGAUGUUCAAAUAUAAAACUCUUUAAAUAAAUAAAUGUCUCAGA